UUGGCUUAUAUUUUGACCGAAACUGUCCUAUACAAAUAGGAGGCGAAUUCAUCCCUAAAUUCAUCAUAUCCUCAAACUCAGUGCUUCUAUUUUGAUCUGAACUAUACGCUAAAGUUAUUAUUGUUGAAUGGCAGCGAAGAGCAAAAUCCUGGUUCUUGGAGGAACAGGAUACCUAGGAAAAUUCAUAGUUAAGGCGAGCACAGAAGCAGGGCAUCCCACGUUUGUGUUGGUCAGAGAGAACACUGUUUCAAAUCCUGAAAAGUCUAAACUUAUUGAGACCUUCAAGACCUCUGGAGCCACUCUGCUUUAUGGUGAUCUAAGUGAUCACGAAAGCCUUGUUAAGGCAUUGAAGGAAGUUGAUGUUGUAAUAUCUGCAGUGGGUGGAGAGCAGAUAGAUGAUCAAGUGAAGCUCAUUGCAGCAAUUAAACAAGCUGGAAACAUCAAGAGGUUCCUCCCAUCGGAAUUCGGGCUUGAUCCGGACCGUCACAAUGCAGUUGAGCCAGUGAUUAGCUAUCUUGAGGGAAAAGCGAAAAUCAGAAGGGCAAUUGAAGCUGAAGAAAUCCCUUACACGUAUGUCUGUUCAAAUGCCUUUGCUGGUUACUGGGUGUCUACACUGGGACAAGAAAAUAUCACAGCCCCUCCUCGGGACAAGGUUGUCAUUCUAGGAAAUGGAAACGUCGAAGGUGUUUUUGUGACUGAGGAAGACGUUGGAACUUACACCAUUAAAGCAGUGGAGGAUCCAAGAACCUUGAACAAAAAUCUAUACCUCAGACCCCCUGCAAAUUUUUUGACCUUCAACCAGUUGGUGUCCUUGUGGGAGAACAAGAUUAAGAGUACCCUUGAAAAAGUCUACAUCCUAGAAGAACAACUUCUUAAGCUCAUCCAGGGGUCUCCUUUCCCUUCUAACUUUACGUUAGCAUUAGGCCACUCAUUGUGGGUAAAGGGAGAUUGUUCAAACUUUGAGAUAGAGCCUUCUUUCGGAGUGGAAGGUUCUAAACUUUAUCCUGAGGUUAACUACACCACGGUGGAUGAUUAUUUGAACGCGUUUGUCUGAAAUCCAGGGAAUAAAAUCAGAACAUUCUGUGAAUUAUUCAAGAAUUUGUACUUUGUCUUUCAAGUAAUUAGUUACUUAAUCUUAUGUUGUUGUCCCAAGAGUCCCUCUAUUAUGACUCUGUUAUUGUUCGCUUGGCUUGGCUCUGUUUUAAACUUCUCAUAAUAUAAUGUUCUAUCUAUCAUUACCAUUCGUUUUUU